AAUCAAAGCUAGGAAAGACCUCAGUACUACUCAAUCACUGAAGUCGAAAGCAACACAAGUAAAAGAAUAACUAAAUAAUGGAGGAAGCACCCUAUACACUAGGCGAAGAGCUAAUGACGGAGAUCCGCGACGCAUUCGCUUUGUGCGAUCCAGAAAAUACUGGAAUAAUCGAAUCAAAUGAUCUUGGAACCGUUUUGCGCGCUUUGGGCUACAAUUACACCGAGUCUGAGAUCCAUGAUAUUAGAGAGAAGCUAGACGAUGACUACAUUGGUCAAAUAGACAUUCGCUCCUUCCUCAACUUCAUGACAAAAAAGUUCAAAGUAUUCGAAAGUAAGGACUCUUUGAUGACCGCCUUCAAGGUGAUCGAUCGCGAUGGCCUUAACGCCAUAACGCAAAGUAAGCUGCGCGCCAUGUUCACCACCCUUGGGGAGAAAAUAAGCGAUGAGGAUUUAGAUUUAGUCUUUCACGAAGCGGACAUCGACGGAGAUGGUGUCAUAAAUCUUCGAGAUUUUCUAUCAGCCUACAAAAACUAAACUCAGCUUGCUUACUUUCAUAAU